AUGGUUUUUCAAACUCGGCACCCUUCAUGGAUUAUUUUAUGCUACAUCUGGCUGCUCCGCUUUGCACACACCGGGGAAGCGCAGGCUGCAAAGGAAGUACUACUGCUGGAUUCUAAAGCACAACAAACAGAGUUGGAAUGGAUUUCUUCUCCACCCAAUGGGUGGGAGGAAAUCAGCGGUUUGGACGAGAACUAUACCCCGAUCCGAACGUACCAGGUGUGCCAGGUCAUGGAGCCCAACCAAAACAACUGGCUGCGGACUAACUGGAUUUCGAAAGGCAAUGCACAAAGGAUUUUUGUAGAAUUGAAAUUUACCCUGAGGGAUUGUAACAGUCUUCCUGGAGUACUGGGAACUUGCAAGGAAACCUUUAAUUUGUACUAUUAUGAAACAGACUACGACACUGGCAGGAAUAUAAGAGAAAACCUCUAUGUAAAAAUAGACACCAUUGCUGCAGAUGAAAGUUUUACCCAGGGUGACCUUGGUGAAAGAAAGAUGAAGCUUAACACUGAGGUGAGAGAGAUUGGACCUUUGUCCAAAAAGGGAUUCUAUCUUGCCUUUCAGGAUGUAGGGGCUUGCAUAGCUUUGGUUUCUGUCAAAGUAUACUACAAGAAGUGCUGGUCCAUUAUUGAGAAUUUAGCUAUCUUUCCAGAUACAGUGACUGGUUCAGAAUUUUCCUCUUUAGUCGAGGUUCGAGGGACAUGUGUCAGCAGUGCAGAGGAAGAGGCGGAAAACUCCCCCAGGAUGCACUGCAGUGCAGAAGGAGAAUGGUUAGUGCCUAUUGGAAAGUGUAUCUGCAAAGCAGGCUACCAGCAGAAAGGGGACACUUGUGAACCCUGUGGCCGUGGGUUCUACAAAUCUUCCUCUCAAGAUCUCCAGUGCUCUCGUUGUCCCACUCACAGUUUUUCCGAUAAAGAAGGCUCCUCCAGAUGUGAAUGUGAGGACGGGUAUUACAGGGCUCCAUCUGAUCCACCGUAUGUGGCCUGCACAAGGCCUCCAUCUGCACCACAGAACCUCAUUUUCAACAUCAACCAAACCACAGUAAGUUUGGAAUGGAGUCCUCCAGCCGACAAUGGGGGAAGAAAUGAUGUGACCUACAGAGUAUUGUGUAAGCGGUGCAGUUGGGAGCAGGGCGAGUGCGUUCCCUGUGGGAGUAACAUUGGCUACAUGCCCCAGCAGACCGGAUUAGAGGAUAACUAUGUCACUGUCAUGGACCUGCUAGCCCACGCUAAUUAUACUUUUGAAGUUGAAGCUGUAAAUGGAGUUUCUGACUUAAGCAGAUCCCAGAGGCUCUUUGCGGCUGUCAGUAUCACCACUGGUCAAGCAGCUCCCUCGCAAGUGAGCGGAGUGAUGAAGGAAAGGGUGCUGCAGCGGAGUGUAGAACUUUCCUGGCAGGAGCCCGAGCAUCCCAAUGGAGUCAUCACAGAAUAUGAAAUCAAGUAUUACGAGAAAGAUCAAAGGGAACGGACCUAUUCGACAGUAAAAACCAAGUCCACUUCAGCUUCCAUUAAUAACCUGAAGCCAGGAACAGUGUAUGUUUUCCAGAUUCGGGCUUUUACUGCUGCUGGUUAUGGAAAUUACAGCCCCAGACUUGAUGUUGCUACACUAGAGGAAGCUACAGGUAAAAUGUUUGAAGCAACAGCGGUCUCCAGUGAACAGAAUCCCGUUAUUAUCAUUGCUGUGGUUGCAGUGGCAGGGACCAUCAUUCUGGUGUUCAUGGUCUUUGGCUUCAUCAUUGGGAGAAGGCACUGUGGUUAUAGCAAAGCUGACCAAGAAGGGGAUGAAGAACUUUACUUUCAUUUUAAAUUUCCAGGCACCAAAACCUACAUUGACCCUGAAACCUAUGAGGACCCAAAUAGAGCUGUCCAUCAAUUCGCCAAGGAGCUAGAUGCCUCCUGUAUUAAAAUUGAGCGUGUGAUUGGUGCAGGAGAAUUUGGAGAAGUCUGCAGUGGUCGUCUGAAACUUCCAGGGAAAAGAGAUGUUGCAGUAGCCAUAAAAACCCUCAAAGUUGGUUACACAGAAAAACAAAGGAGAGACUUUUUAUGUGAAGCAAGCAUCAUGGGUCAGUUUGACCACCCAAAUGUCGUCCAUUUGGAAGGGGUGGUUACACGAGGGAAACCAGUCAUGAUAGUAAUAGAAUUCAUGGAAAAUGGAGCCCUAGAUGCAUUUCUCAGGAAACACGACGGGCAAUUUACAGUCAUUCAGUUAGUAGGAAUGCUGAGAGGAAUUGCUGCUGGAAUGAGAUAUUUGGCCGAUAUGGGAUAUGUUCACAGAGACCUUGCAGCUCGCAAUAUUCUUGUCAACAGCAAUCUUGUUUGCAAAGUGUCAGAUUUCGGCCUGUCCCGGGUUAUAGAGGAUGAUCCAGAAGCUGUCUAUACAACGACUGUAAGGAAAAGUCCCUUACUGCACCUCUUCAUAUUCCUUCCAGUAAGGUGGACAGCACCUGAAGCCAUCCAGUACCGGAAAUUCACAUCAGCCAGUGAUGUAUGGAGCUAUGGAAUAGUUAUGUGGGAAGUUAUGUCUUAUGGAGAGAGACCUUAUUGGGACAUGUCAAAUCAAGAUGUUAUAAAAGCAAUAGAAGAAGGUUAUCGUUUACCAGCACCCAUGGACUGCCCGGCUGGCCUUCACCAGUUGAUGCUGGAUUGUUGGCAAAAGGAACGUGCUGAAAGGCCAAAAUUUGAACAGAUAGUUGGAAUUCUAGAUAAAAUGAUUCGAAACCCAAAUAGUCUGAAAACACCCCUGGGAACUUGUAGUAGGCCAAUAAGCCCUCUUUUGGAUCAAAACACUCCUGACUUUACUACCUUUUGUUCAGUUGGAGAAUGGCUACAGGCUAUUAAGAUGGAAAGAUAUAAAGAUAACUUCACGGCAGCUGGCUACAACUCCCUUGAAUCUGUGGCCAGGAUGACUAUUGAGGAUGUGAUGAGUUUAGGGAUCACACUGGUUGGCCAUCAAAAGAAAAUCAUGAGCAGCAUUCAGACUAUGAGAGCACAAAUGCUCCAUUUACAUGGAACUGGCAUCCAAGUGUGA